UUUGACAGAUAAUUUGUAAGUAAAUAUGCGAUUUGCACAAGGUUGUAUUGUAGGUUAUGACUAAACAUGCUGCAAUAACAGCACUGCUCAAUGUUUCUUUUGCAGCAUAUCUAUAAAGAUAAGGCACAGCAGAGUUAAUGCUGACCUCAAAGGAUCUUUUUCAUCUAAAACUUAGUUGAAAUGUAUACUUAUGAUUGUACGAUCACAGCAGCAGGGUCUAUAAAAGAGCCUAUAGCUGAAAAAACAAGAGGAACGGACGACUGUACUCAACAUAAUACCGGCUGUGAAACUAACUUGAAAGUAAAAGUUAGCACCAACUUUCCCACGUCAGUGUCUAAGUUGUGCAGCUGCUAUGAAAUCUGACAUUCAACUUGUUGUUCUGCUGUCUUUGACAUUCAGAUGAAUCAGGCAUGACAGACAACAUUCAAUCUGUAUUAAAGUGAAAUACGUCAAUCUUUAAAAAGUCUGCAUGAUUGCUUUCAUCCAGUGAGGUUUUAUUUAUAAUAUCAAGUAUCAUAUCAUUUCAAGGUGUUUUAAAUACUGUAAACUUUGUGAACUUAAAUCUUUUUUAAAGUUUAAAGAGUUUUAAAAAGGUUUUUGCUUAUUUAACCUGACUUGAGAGAUUCAUUCUAACACAUACAAGCUGGAUUUUUUUCUCUUUCUGGCAAGAUAUUACUUAAAAGAUGGUAACAGCGGUUUAAAUUAUGGUUUAACAGUCCCAAAAAAUGUCUUGCAGAAUGUGAUAGAAAACAUGAAAUUUAUUUUAACUUGUUUUAUUUUACCCCACCUUAACUUUGAGGCGCACUCAUUUACAGGUGCAGCGACAGCAUUUCUCCCUUGGGCAUUCAAUGCCUUUUAAUCCAGACUGUGAACAGGUUGGGUGUCUGAUAGUGAUGCGUUUUCAUGAUGUGGCUUGUCAGAAACAAAAGUUGUUUUUUUUUAAAUCCACAGUAAUAACAAUAACAAUGUGUGGUAAAAUAUUGUAAAGAAUGUCUUAUACAUGGAAAUAAUUGGGUUUUGAACUCAACAUAUUAGAAAAUAUAGGCCUCUUCUUCACAUAAUCCCAAUGUAAAAAAACACUGUGACCUUUACGAAAAGGGAAACAGCAUCUUGUUUAGCUACUGAGAAACAAGUAAGGGACUAAUCAACUAGCUGAUAAUAGACAAGUAAUUCUUAAAUAACUUGGAAUCAAUUGGUUUAUUUAGAUCUUGUGCAGAUAUAUAAACACGAGACACUGGUUCAUUAACACAGUAUUUAUCUGUUCUGUUGUUAAGUUACGUACCAUUAUAUACUUUAAAAUCUGGGAUUCAGUGUUACUCAGAACUACGAGUGUAUUUAUUAGGCUACAUGCCAUGAAAAACUGAGGCGAGGUUGUGUUUUAACUAUUGUGGCUUUAAAGUGUUUUCACAGCUUCUCAAUAUUUCCCCUAUGUUUACAACAAUAUGACCUUUCCAUACAGUUUACAAUGCCUCAUUACGCUCAACAGUCUCUCAGCACUUUCCACUGUUGCAAUGUUUGUUCUCUGAUUCUCCUACAUCAUGUCAUUGAUUUCCAUUAUCCUUGACAGGUCCCACUGAUACCGUCGACAGCGAUGGAGUCCCCAGAAUCUUCCCGGCUGUCGUCAUUGAGGGGAGGGUUGAAAUCAGAGGAUUUCAUUCAACCGCACUAUAUGGAGUCCUAUCGCCUGGCGAUCGAUUGCCUGGCCAGCGGCGGCAGAGACACUUAUCAGGAGUUCCUCAAGGGAGAACGUAUCGGAAGCUUCCUGUCAGAGGAAGAGCUUCUCUUCAUCACUGAAAAUGCAAAAACACCCCCACCUAAAGACCACGUAGCAGAAAUCAAUGGUCCACCGGACGACGAGUCAUCCUCAGGGACGUACUGGCCUGUCCACUCGGAUGUGGACGCCCCAGAGUUGGAGUUGGGUUGGCCAGAUGUCAUGCAAGAAAAACUACAGACAAAUAUAGAUUUGCUCUUUCAUCCACCAAGACAAAACAACCCCACCAUCAAAGAGGUGAUUCGGAAGAAAAUUCAAAAUGCAAGACAGGUCAUUGCCAUUGCGAUGGACAUGUUCACUGAUGUCGACAUAUUCAAAGAAGCUGUUGAUGCCUCCAUACGAGGAGUCCCGGUCUACGUGAUUUUGGAUGAUUUCCAUUUGAAAAGUUUCCUCGCAAUGGCUGAAAAUCAAAAUGUCAAAAUUCAUCAACUCAGAAACAUGAGGGUGCGCACUGUGAAAGGUCCGGAUUACCUCUGUCGAUCAGGAGCUAAAUUUCAUGGAGCAAUGGAGCAGAAGUUUCUUUUAGUCGACUGCCUCAUAGCGAUUUAUGGCUCAUAUGGCUUCACGUGGUCAUUUGAGAAGAUUCAUCUGAGCAUGGUGCAGGUGAUCACAGGCCACCUGGUGAAGUCAUACGACGAGGAGUUUCGAACACUUUACGCCCGCUCGACUGUGCCAGCUGAGCUCUGCCCUCCGGAAGGUUUGUUCCAAAGCAAUGGACCACAUGGACAACAGAUUUUCCCAAACACUCCAAAAAUUGAUCGGAGGGACCAGUUGAGGCAUACGCUGGACACAGUCUAUCGGAAGACCUGCGAGAGGAAACUAGGAGCGAGAGAUCUGGAGGAGAGGCUCUUUGAAGAGGAACCUAACAAGUUUGGGCCCUUUAUUAAGAAUGGGAUCACCGUUCAAAACCAGAUGCCGCAAUGUCAGUCUGCAGAGAUGAUGAACUUCAUUAAAAGGCACAGCUAUGCUGGGGAGAUACAAGACGGAUAUAUGCCGCAGAACAUCAGGCCCAGAGCGAGCAACUGGAAUAUCUCUAGAGAAAUAGGAAACGGAACAAACCAAUACCCCAUGGACAAUUACUUACCGGUGGCACAGAUGCAUAGAGGUCAAAACAUGCGUCAGUCUUACAGUGGAAACGACAAACAGAUUCUUUCCAUGCAGCAAAACAUGCCAACGCUAGAGAAUACAUCCAAGGCGUUCAUGCACACAUUGAGGAUUGAGUCUUACCUCAAAUGCCCUGAUGUCCCAUUGGGAGACUCUUGUGACUAUUUAGACCAGUUUGAACCACAGGACAAAGCUAACUCCUUCAUGCAGGGAAGGAUGAGGUCUUCCCUUGUUUUCAGGUCCCCCAUACCAGAGCAACUGGAGCCAAACCGACACAUUAACAACUCCUCCACUUGUGCCAACUCCUCAGCAGUCCCAAAGACUCCUUUACACUACUCAUCCAUGCAGUGGAAUCCAAAUGCAGUAACUGAAAGUAGGAUAAGUAAUGACGAGUACAUGUUUGAUAGGCAAAUUUUGCAGACUUUGGAUGACAAUCGGAAGAAUGCAAACUACGGUCCAGGUAGCAACUCUUACCACUCUGCAUACACUAGCUUAGGCAGAGCUAAAGGUAGACACAUGAUCACAAACCCAGACUUGAUGUCAGACAGUUGGCAAAAAAGGCAUAGCGUAGCAGAUCCAAGAUCAGACACUGAGUACAAGCAUGAAUCAUCAGGUUACAUGUAUGGAGCUUUCGCAAAAACGCAAGUGAACAGAAGCACAGCAGGGAUCAAUGCACAGAGUGGAGGUUACGGGUCAAAUCUGAAAGACGAUCAGAGAUUUGGUUCUCAUUAUGAUGUCAAGAGUGUCACAGGCACAAAGAGCCACGGUAAUCCCAUUUGGCAGGAGCCGCCAUCCAGGACUGUGUCCGCAGCAGCCCUGGAUGUUAAAAGCAAGGAUCCAACAGCUAAACCCCACAGCAUGAGCUCACAGCUUUUUAUAAAGAAGAGUCCCAAAACAAUAAAAUCGUUACUUAACAUACCAGAGAAGAAAGAGGAUUCAGCAGGAACCAUUGACACACAGAGUCUGCAGUCAAGUGGCAGCACAGACACUAUAACAGAAGAGGAUGAGGAGAGGAUAUCCUAUGGAGGAGGAAAACUUCCCCAAAAGACAACCAAGUCUGUCAGGUCCUCCUCGGGGCACCAGAGGAAGCAGAUAGAGGGCGUCAAUCCAACCUCUUCAAAACCUCGAUUCAAAACUGAGGAGCACCAAAAUCCACUGCAAGUCUCUCUUCCUAAACCUACCACACAGAAGAAACCCAGCGUUACUGACAGAAGCGUGGGGCCCGACCCUCACUCGGCAAGCUGGAGCAAAGAUCGAGUCACGGACAAUCGCCUUUACAGCAGAUUUGAGCCUUUCUGCUCGUUUGACAAGAAACGCUCUGCACACGGCUUUGGAAACUUUCAGGAGAAACCCAAAAGCCUUCCUAAAGGUGAGGCAGCAAUUGAACACAACCUCACCUGGGCUGCAAGAGGGCACCAUGAAAAUAAGCUGGAGAAAUUCAUGCAUCGAGUGGGAAACCUCAUACACAAGAACAAGUAGUGAAUCUUCACAGGUCACUUCUUACCAAUGCACAUUUUACUCAUUAUGUAAAUAUUCUUACAGUUGGUGUUUAUUUCUGAUUUUACUUGUUUUCAGCAAACACUGUUUACAUUUUCCGUUUUUGUUACUGUGUACAGAUGCACUGAUGAAUGUUGUUUUAUAUGAAUACAGACCUUUAUAUAACAAAAUCUUAAACCCUGACUUUAAGUCUGUCCUCGACUGGUGUGGACAACAAAUGCUGCAGAUGCUUUAAGUGGUAGCUUUGCCAAAGGGUAAUAGAUAGCUAGAAGCUGGCUAUAGCUGGCUAUUUUGUUUUGUAACAUGUCUUCUUUCAGACUAGUGGAAGGAAAACAUUCAAAAUACACUCAGGUGCUUAUUUUACUAUACUUUGUCUAUUUGUGUCUGUAGAUUUCUCCUAAAGUCACCAAAAGUUUGCAAAUUGAAUUUCAGAAAACUUGUAAUACAAACAGUAAUUGUCUUAAUGUCAGUACUCAAGUGGGGAAGUUGCAUGCUGAUAUCUAUUAGUUACAUUUGUUUAUUCUUCACCUGGUGUGUGGCUUCCUUUAAAGCAAAACGCAAUGUGCACUACAAGCCCAAUGAAAAACGCAGUACAAAUACUCAGAGGCCACUCAGAAGUGAUUCAUGUAUUUCAUCUUUCAUUCUUCACUCAAGGUGACAGAUUUGUGGCUAAGCACAAAGCAACAUGGCCUCCAGAGUAAAACAUAUGCAAGAAGAAGUAUUCAUGUCGUGGUUCAUAAAUAUUCAUUCUUUACUGUUAGGGACUCAGUAUUACGAAUGAGUAUUCAGUUUUAUUUUAAACUGUAACUUUAAUAGUGCAUGCCAGCCAGUCCCACGUUGCUUCUCUGGGUUUUGUCUCAGUGAUAUUUGUGGUGGGAAUGUCGUGGAUAUUUUGAAUACAGCAGAUCCUCUUCUAGUGCACUUUCUUUUGAUAAUGCUGAUAAAAUG